GUUUUAGCAGCGCCUUGGAGACUGGCGGGCUGCUAUGGCGUUGCUGCUUCACAAGACUUACUGAUUGAAUCAGACAGGGAAUAGGAUGGAAAACGGCCGCCCGUGUCCGCCCCGUGUCCUUCCACCAGUACCAAGCGGUGGAAACCAGGAUGAAAUCCCUCUCGGUCGUUCCAAAAAAAAAAAGGCUAAGGGAACGCAUUCGUUAGAAAGUAUUGUUCCUGACGCCGUUCGCCGGCCAUUUGAAAGCAUCGGCCCUCUGACUUCCGAGGCGCGGGAUGUUGCCCCUCAGAGGAAACGCAAGAAAAAGAAGUUACCUCUGGAAUUGGAGAGCUCCUUCACUAAACAGAACAGAAAUGGCUUGGAUCCUGGGCCGGUCGAAGAAAUCCUAACUCAUAAGCCUCGGAAAAAAGUCAAGAAAACUCGGCCUAUGGAAACUGCCAACGAAUUAGGUGUGGAGGAAGAGGAUAUAAUCGAAGAGGAACAAGUCCGACGCUCAGAACAACAGCUUGUGUUUGCUGUUCCAGUCAGCGUUAGCCAGCCAGUGAGCAAGGUGUUCGUUGAAAAAAAUCGGCGUUUCCAGGCAGCCGACCGCAAUGAUUUGAUCAAAACCACUGAAAACAUUGAUGUAUUUUUGGACAUGAAGUCUUCUUGGACCACCAAGGAUGUGGCGCUCUCGGUUCACCGCAGUUUUAGGGUGGUUGGACUUUUCACUCACGGCUUCCUCGCUGGCUCUGCCAUCUGGAACAUCAUUGUGAUUUACGCCUUGGGAGGAAACCAGCUUUCCACUCCCUCAAACUUGCUGGAACAAUAUAAGAUGUUGGCUUAUCCUGCUCAGAGUCUCUUUUACCUUCUGCUUGCCAUUUGCACUGUUUCAGCUUUUGACCGGAUUGACUUGGCCAAAGCGUCAAUAGCAGUGCGAGGCUUCCUGACCCUGAACCCAGCAGCGGUCGCCUCUUUCCUGUAUUUCAUAGCUCUCAUCUUGUUGCUGAGCCAGCAAAUGACGAGUGACAAAAUCAACCUGUACACGUCACCUUCAAAAAACGGCAGCUUCUGGAUCCCCGGCACAGAGGAAGAGAUUCUUCAGCCCUGGAUUGUGGUCAAUCUAGUUAUAGCCCUCCUCGUUGGUAUCUCUUGGCUGUUCUUGUCCUAUAGGCCUGAGCUAGAUCACAGUGAAGAACUGUUCAAUGCUGAUAUCGAAGACUACCCACCACUAGAUAAAGAAGCCCAAGUCACGUAAUGAUACAGAGAACCUCUUCAAAAACUGAAGCUAAACUUGCUGAACUUUAUAUAUUUAUACUUGUACGUAAUUUUCUGUUUUAAUGUGUUUUCAUGUUGAAUAUUUACUUUGCAUUGAUAUUGUAAUGACACUAUUUUUGUAUUUUCCAAUUUUUAUUAAAUUUUAAGACAAUUUUGCAGGUUACUUCUGUAAGAAUCUUCAGAAAUGACUCAAUAAAAACCUAGUUUUGCUAAUG